AGCUCCGCAAAUAAGCUGGAGCUGGAGCUGGAGCUUCCCUCCGAAAAACCGCUGGUUGGAGGUGGUCAACAGAAAUCUCAACAAAACAUGAACAAGGCAAGUUCUUGCUGAGACUCACCCAAAGAAAAUCCCAGAGGAGAAUAUUGAGCACUCAUUUCAGGAUGAAGCUGCAAGAGCAGAGAAGUAUUUGUACCACAAGUGAAUACCGUCCAUUGACCAACAGAGGCAAAAGGAUUCUCCCAACUACGGCAGCCCCCAGGAUGAGAACCUGGUUCCUCCCGAGGUCGCUUCCUCUUCUGAUGCUAUUCUCCGCCCUGCAGACACCCACUAGGUGUUCUGAGGUUGCAGUUAACAUUGACUUUGACUUGACACCAAAUUCCUUUGAUGAUCAGUACCAAGGCUGCAGCCCACAGGUCACGGAGAAGCUAAGUCAAGGGGAUUAUUUCACAAAAGAAGUAGAAGCACAUAGAAAUUUCCACAGGGUCUGGGCGAAUGCCCACUUAACCUGGCUGAACAGAGCAAAAGAUCUCCCCAAGAACAUGAAUAUUACACAUGCUGUGGCCAUCUUGGUUUAUACAUCAAACAAUAGUGUCCGCACAGACUUCACUAAAGCCAUGGCCAGUGCUGGGAGGUCUCCACAGCAAUAUAAACAUUCAUUCCAUUUCAAAUACCUGCACUACUACCUGACCUCAGCAAUCCAGCUGCUAAGGAAAGAAAUGGUCAUGAAGAAUGACUCUCUGUGUUUUGAGGUGCAUCAUGAGCUGAAGGAUAUCUAUUUGGAAGCCUACAGAGGUGCCACCAUCCGAUUUGGCCAAUUCCUCUCCACCUCCCUCCUGAAAGAAGACGCACAGAAGUUUGGGAACCAAACUCUAUUUACCAUAUUUACCUGCCUGGGUGCACCUGUACAAAAAGUCUCUCUCAAGAAGGAGGUCCUGGUCCCUCCCUAUGAGUUGUUCAAAGUUGUAAAUGUGAGCUACCACCCACGAGGAAACUGGUUGCAGUUGCGGUCAGCUGGGAACGUGAGCACAUAUAACUGUCAGCUGCUAAAAGGUUCCAGCAAAAAGUACAACCCUGCUCCUGUGGUUAUUGCUUCUCUCUCCUUUUUGACCAGUGUCGCCAUCUCUUCCAAAAGUGGAGUAUAA